AUGUAUUAUGUAUAUUUUGAAUCGAACAUAGCAUGUGCAGCCACAUGCGAGCAAGUACAAAGAACAUUUCGUUUUGGUUUCUGUAUUCCUUUGUUAGUUGAGGAACUGGAUUCACCUAGAAUCCAGUACUUAAACAUUGCGCAUGGAGCAAGCCUAUUGUACUCUUCGCUAGCCCUUCGGCACGUGAUUACGUGUCGGGUGUGCAUCGUCCAAUUGGCGCGUAACCGUGUUGGUUGGAUCCGAGCGGAAAAGGCGAAACCAACACCAUAG